UUGGUCGGAUGACAGCUGGAACCGUUGUCAUAACCGGAGGAAUUCUCGCUGCGGUGAUUCUCCUGUGCAUCAUUGCAGUACUCUGCUACUGUCGGCUCCAGUAUUACUGCUGUAAGAGGAAUGACUCUGAGGGGGAUGUGGGUUCGUGUGGGGACCCUCAGCCCCAGUUUGCCUGCAAUGCGUGCAGCGCCCCCGGCGUGGACGGUGCCGCGGUCACCCCUCUCGCCCUGCCUCCCGACCCCGCCCCGCCCCACAGCUACUGCCCCACCUGCUCGCCCUACGCCUCCCCCUUCUACAUCCAGGCUGCGGACGAGGUGCGCAAUGGCGGCGAGCGCGUGGCCUACGUGCCCGCCCACUACGAGAACCGGGCGCUCUCCCUCGCCAUGUCCUCCAUGCAGAGUGCCUCUCUGAGCGCCCACAACCUGCCGGACUUCUACACCAACACGCGUGCGUUCAGCACGGACGUCUGACCCCUGACCGACACACACGCGCGCGCUCGAGCCGGAGGUCAACACUCGCUCAACACACGCGCGCUUGGCACAGAUGUUUGACCUGACCAACACAUGUGCGUUCAAUACAGACGUUUGACGUGACCAACUCAUGCGUGUUCAGUACAGAUGCUUGACCUGACCAACACGUGUGCGUUCAGCGUGGAUGUCUGAUGCGACCGACACACGUGCGUUCUGCACCGACGCACAGCCUGACCAACACACAAGUCUUCAACACCAACGUCAGCCCUGACCAACACAUACUUGUUCAGCACUGGGGGCCCCUCCUGGCCUCUGAGGACCCCUUUUUCCUGGAUGCAGUGCCCUGGUACCCUUGUUGUCUGUCUACAUUUAAAACAGGUGGUGACACUGGGGCAGGAAGGUCAGCAUUGAAGAGUGUAACCCUAGUGGACCUAGUCUGCAGCUCUGUCUGUCUCAGCUACCAUGGCCCUGAUCCAAGUGAACACACCAGACUGUGGAAAAAUUAUAUAUCUGAUGAAAAUAGUAUAUGAGGGCUCUCUGGAUUGUAGUAUUGUCUAAUCCAGCUCUUUGUUUUUUUUCUACUAUAUGCCAAUGGAAAAAAAGGAAAUAUGAAUUGAUGUAAAUUUUAGACUGCAGUGGUGACGGUGUGGCGUUUGAACAUGGGAUGAAUGCAGCUGGGGUGGCGACAUUUUUUAAUGUGUAUUUUUAGCUGAACGACAGAAAAAGUGUACAAAGAAGAAUAUUUUAGAGCUUUCUCUAUGCAAGCACUGUACACUCACAACCAUAAAGAGGGUGAAGAGAGAGAGAAACAGAGAGAGAGGACAAGAAUCCAAG